AUGGAGGUGGCCAAAGCUAUAAUUGCUAUAUUACUCAUCUCACUUUUCCUUGUUCAAUUUAUACAAGCUAAUGAAACGUGAAAACUAAAAUCUCAUAAUGCAGACUGUGGUGGGGAAUGUAAGAGAAGAUGUAGUAAGUCAUCAAGACAGAAAAUAUGCAUGAGAGCAUGUGGAACUUGUUGUGCCCGGUGCAAUUGUGUGCCUCCUGGUACCUUCGGCAAUGAAGACGUCUGCCCUUGCUAUGCCAACAUGACUACUCACGAUGGACGCCACAAAUGCCCUUGAAUAACAUUAAUUCAGGAACAACUCUUAAUAGCUCAAAGUAUAGUUAGUAAGCGAUAAGGAGAUAGUGUGACUUGUU